CCGAGUGGAACUGGUGCGGCUGCUGGAGAGAUAGGCAGAGAGGCUGUGCUGAACAGACGCUGGGUCAGAGCGCUCAGUUGCUUCAGACAAUCACAGGGGAGCGAGAGAAAGACACAGGAAAAGAGCAAGACCACAUAGAAAGAUAGAUUUAAAAGAGAGAAAAGGGAGGGAGACAGGGGAGGGAGGUAAAUAUGUGACAGGAUGCGGUUUCCCUGAGCUUGCAGAACAUCGGUACACAGGCAUACUUUGGGCAUGACCUAAACACACCAAGCUUACAAGUGUGUUUUAGCUCUGUUUGCUGGCGAAAGAAGCAAACCGCUGGAACCGCUGCUGCUGUGCCUGUAGACGCUCUGGUUUGUCUGCUCUGUGCUGGAGGAUUGUGUUUCCUUUAAGCCAUUCAGCUCCACAGCAGUCAGCUCAUCUGACAGGAUCUGAACCAUUCCUGCCACCAAGUAGAAUGCGUUUCUCUGCUGGAAGCUCUGCUCAAGUUGCUGCCUUCAUUUCCAAGCAGUGAACUUUUCAACCAGAUUUGUGAAACAGGGUCCGUGCAGAGACACACACACACUGUGGAGCCAUGGGCUGCGGGCUGCGAAAGAUGAAGCCAAUGUCAGAGGAGAACAGUCCGGGGAAGAUUUACUCCACACUGAAGAGACCUCAGGUGGAGACUAAGGUGGGCGUGGCCUACACCUACCGCUACCUGGACUUCCUCAUUGGUAAAGACGGUGGGACGUCCACGCUGCGCCUCUCAUCGGUGCGCGAGCUGCCGGGUCAGCUGCAGGAGCUUUACCAGCAGGGCUUUGUUCUUGCGUCCGUUCACCCGUUCAUCCACCCCUGUGGUCCGGAGUCGAACAGCCCACAGCACCAGCUCUACAGGGCCAUACUGAUCCGACUCAACGACGGGGUGGAAAGGAGCCAGCCUGUCUGCCCGCCGUACAAACUACAGCUGGAAGAGUGUCUGUCCGCGGAGCAGGUGCCCACCCCAGAGCUCAUACAGGGCUACGUCAAGAAGCAGAUCCAUGAUGCUGCUGACCAGGGGGUGAUGUUCGUAGGAUUUGUCCAGGAACCGUAUGGGGCCCCAUGUACCAGGAUCCGAGAACCAGACACCCCCUCCCUUUCCCUCCACUCCAGUCCCAGCUCGGUGCUCGGUUCUCUGGGCAGCUGCAGCCCUUCAAACCCCUCAAGCCCCAGAAACCAUGCAGCACCUGGAGCUCAAGCUGACAAAGAGGGAAAUGAGGAGGCUCCAUGCGAGGAUGGGGAAGCAGCAACGAGUGGGGAGAAGAUUCAAAGUGAGAACACUGGGAACCAUUCAGGGAGCGGGGUGGAGGGCAGUCAGGGCGAGGUCUCGUCUGUGGCGUCUCCAGUGUCAGAGGGAGAUGUGGAGCACAGUGAGGAGCUGACGGAGGAGGAGUCGCCGUGUCACAAUAAUAACAAGGACGGUGGCGGAGAAGCCAAGGAGAGGCUGAGAUACCGCCAACGGAGAGGAGACGGGGUGGAGCUGCUCGCUCUGUAUAACCACCCGCCGAUCAGAGAGGGCCAGGUGAAGUACUACACUGUCAAGGUGCCACUGCGAGUGCAAAACUGUGAUGAGGGGGUCAAAGGCGUGGAGGCCAACUGGCUGGACCACAUGACGCAGCACUUCAACAACGGAGCCUCAUUGGUCGAUGGAUACUUCCACCUGGGCAAUACAAAUGAUAUGCUGCCUAAGUCUGUGGAAAGUGUCUUCAUUUUCCAGGAGGCGUGCGAGAGCGACCCAAACUCGACCACACCGACAUUUGAUGCCAUCGUGGUGGAGCAGUGGACCGUCAUUAACGGUUUGCAGGUGAAGGCAGAUUAUGUUCCUCUGCUACAGUCCCUGGCCACGUAUGGAUGGAGGCUCACCUGUGUGCUGCCAACUCCUGUAAUCAAGACCAACAGUGAUGGAAGUCUGUCCACCAAACAGAUCGUGUUUCUGCAGAGACCCGUCUUGAGCCGAAAGAGGAGGGAAUCCAAGAAAUUGAUCUUCAAGCCCCGAAGCAAGUCCAACAAGAACUGCAUCAAAGAAACAGCAAAGAACAAGAAGAAGAAGAAAACUAAAACCGAGAAAGAUGCAGAGGAUCCCAAGAUACUCGAUGACAAAGAAAAUGUUGAGAAAGAGGAAAACAACAGUAGGGAGGAAGCAGUGAAUGCAACAGAUGUAGAGGCAGCAAGAGAAAGUGAGACAUCGAAAGAAAGGGAGGUGAGGAGUGAGGCAGAUAAAAUGAUUGAUGGGAUUGAAAUCAGCAUAGAGACUUUUGAAAAGAAAGAUGGAGGAGCAGAGACAGAAGACAAAGAAGGACAAAACGUCACAGAAGAAGAGGAAGAAGAAAAGAUAGCACUGGAUGGGGAGGGAUCAAAUGAGAAGGGAGAGCCUUUAGAAAAGAGAGAAGUCCAGGAAGUGACGGAAAUCGUUGCGACUGUUGAAACACAGAGCGAGACCAAAGAAAAGGUGGAUGAGAGCGUAGCAGAAGUUGUGAUUGAAAAUGGGGUGGAGACGGAUGAGGAGAAAGACGAGGGCCAAGAGAUUGUGAUGAAACAUAAGACAGAAGAACCAGCAGGCGUGGAUGUCAUCGCCAAGGAAAUUGUGGCGGAUUCAAAGGCCACACCAACCAAUCAAAGCUCAGAGGAGACUCCAGAGUAGCCCCAAGUAGUCCAAGUCAAGGUUUUUCCCCACCCUACCUCUUAACUUCUACAUCUUAAGGACUGGUUCACAGUGUUGUCCCUGAUCCAUGUAAAAGGGUCUUCGAUCCCCAUCGCUGCAUCAUUCUCCAAACCUACCAUCUUUAUUAAACAAUUCCCCGCAACCUGCCAUAGUGUAGUUACAGAGCAGAUAUCAGCUCUAGACCACACAUACUGAAUGUAUAUAUCAGAAGAUGUUGGUGCAGUAUAGUGGACGUAUAGACAAUGCAAUACAGAGCAGAGGAAUCAACAGGGGGUGAAUAUCUAGAAUGAUGAAUUGAUCGGUUUGGGCACGUUUUCCUGCAACUAAAGAAGAAUGAGAAAUUGUUUAAAUUCCUGGUCACUUCAGAAAUUGAAAAAGGUAAAUGUCUUUCCUUUAAAUGAAAUCACAUUUAGUUGGUUUGUAUGUCAAAGAGAGAAACAAAUCUAUGUAUUAUUCCUAUAAAAAUCUAGCUAUUACCCAUUUUACACAAUGCUGUGCAAUAGAAAGCUGUCCUAACACUGUUCAACGUUGAGGAAACAGAGUUUGAGAGAAUAAAAUGAAGGGAAAAAACUGUCAGACAGAAAAAAAAGGUAGGAGAGUUAUUGAAACUGACUAGCGGCAGUGUGUUAGCAGUUAGCUCAACAUAUGUAGUUUAUCAAUCAGUCCUGCCAAUAGUCCCACAUCACCAAUCCUCUAGCUAUGUGGAUAAAUUAGACACUUUCUGGUGUGAUCAGGGCUUCACGUGAGUGGGGAAAGAAACAUGAUUCUCAUUGUAAUGUAAAAUACAGAGUUGGAUGCCGACCUUUCUAAUAAGAUAAGAUAAGAUAAGAUGGACCUUUAUUAAUCCCUGUGGGGAAAUUCAGUAGUUUAACAGCAACAGGGUAAGAUUGAAAAUAAUAAGGGUCAACUUGAUAAACUUAAAGAAGAUCAGUGAUUGAGAAAGUUCUCUGGCAGUAAAGGAUAAAGCUAAUAUGUGUACCCAGAGGUAGCACCUGUUACAAGAGGUACAUGUACUGAGCAGCUUUCUCGCAGUUUUGGAAGCUACGAAAAUUCAGCUCAAAAAUCCAAGAGACUGAAUUGACAGGUCACACAUUUCCAAAUCCACAGGACUGACAGUUUGAGAAAAAAUCUGCUCAGGAAAGCAUCUCCAUGUGACCACAUACUGCACCACCAUUUCCAGUUCCUUAGUUCUGUGCAGCAGAGUAAGUUGUUGGAGGGAACUUGUAGGAGACAGUGGUAGAGGUGAUGGGAAAGGCAUUCGUUGCGAAAGGCAAUCCAAAGCAGGGUGAAGAGAUAAUUGUUUACGCUAAGCUCAAAGCCGUCAAGUGCUUCAAAGAGAGCCGAUAAUCACUCUUUGGUGUGGUGUGCUAAGCUCACCUUGCAUACAGAAUGUUCCAUAUUCAACGCCGAGUCAGAUAAGGAUGUGAAAUUCAGCUGAAUGUUUGCAGCUCGGGGGCAGAACUCAUAUUUUUGAUGCACCUAGUUGGCUUUCACAUACAGUACAGGAGUGAGGAUUCAUUUCUGGGCAAAGUUGUAUUUUUUAAAUUACAUUUCCAGCCAAUGGCCACAAACAAAAGCUCUUGUCAGUAGGGAGACAAGGUUAAGAUGUUUGGUCAGGACAGAGCAUAGCCUUGUUGUUCACUGAGACCAAAACUGAAGAUUGAGAGAGAAAUUGAGACAGACGUUGAGAGCCUAAUAGAAAUACCCAAGUAUAAGAGAGUCAAAUAAAAUAAAUGAAUAGGCUCAUCUAAAGUAACGGCCUUUUGCGUUCCACAUUCCCCGUUGAGAUUUCCUUCAUUAUUUUACUCCCAGCUCUUUAAGCACCUCUUUCCAGACAUAAUUUCUGACAAUAACAAAGUCAUAAUGUGCUGUUUCAUGGCAUCGUGUAGCUUUCCAUUUUAAAAAGGGGAUGGGGUGAUGUGAAAAGGAGGGAGAAAGGUGUCGACGUUCACGGCGCAGAGCUCUCAUUAGCUCACUAAUGGAUUUUGUCAGUGGGGUAUCUGUCAGGAAUCAUGAAUUUAUAAUGGGGGUCACUUAUUGGGGGAUGUAUUGACAGCAAAACACCUCAACAUGUCAAGCAAAUAGCCUUCAGAUUUAACGGUGAUGUCAUAGGGAAUCAUUUGCACUGAGGGGGAGGAGCUUUUGUUACAAAAUAUCAAAUAUUGCAAAGAAAUUACACACUUUAACUACCUGCUGUCCACCUUCACACAUACUAUAUUUGUCAUAAUUUGGAUCUUUUGUCAUUAUGAGAACAGUUGAUACUUCGGUCAAGAAAAAUGUCUCCCUUUUGGAGAUAAAACUCUUCAAUUACACACAAGUAAGAUUGAUUACUCUGAAUAAGUGCUCUCUUCAAUAAAUCCACCCGCCGCUGAGAUUUUCUUCAAUGUAAAAUGGCAAGUGAUUUUGUGUAGAGUAGAAUAUAAAAACUGUGACCAGCUUAGCCUUAUUACUAUACUGUAAAUGCCCCACAAUCUGCUUUUUAGCUAUGUCUUUUAGAGGCACAAUGGUGAUUUCAGUGUUAUAUGUUUGUUAUAGUCAAACAGGAAAGAUUUGCUACAGUCAGUGUUGGUAUUUUGAAGCCGUUGUUCCCUCUUUUAUUACUGGAAUUCAGAGUGAGGGGAUACAAAGAUUUGAAGUGUUUGUCUAUAUGAAGGUAAUAUGUUUUUAUUUUUAAGAUGUUUUGAACUUUUUUUAUUAUUGUGAAUGUUCUUUUUUGAGUCUAGAGAUUUUAUUGUAGGCUUUGUGUUGCCUAUGCUGUUGCGCUAAAGCUUGCUAAAAUGUAUUUCUGGCUGAUGCUCUGAGCUACCUCCCGAGGGCUGUGGCUUGUGUUAAAACCAAGGGGUUGCCGUGUGCGGACCCACAGAAACAUAUGCUCCUUGUCCUCUCGCCCUCCAAUAUGACGGAGUCCAGACCCAUGAGCGUGAUCGCUAAUAGCAGCAAAAUCCAGGGCCAUAUGUGAGCCAGAAUGGAUUUGUCCACAUCUGUACACAGGAGUUUGCACGAGCACAUGACAAAUAACCACUCUGAUAAUAUUGAAUUAUAUCAAGGCAUAUUAUAAUAUUCUCUGUGGUAUUUUAAUUUUUUUUUAACUUAAUUCUCCAAGCUGCUUUUAGCUAUCGGCUGUUUCAGCUUUAAUAAGCACUUAUUGUAUUCAAGAAAAUAUUGUAUGCUCCCUCUUGCAUCAAUGCUGCUGGGGAGCAAAUAAGACUCAGCUGUCACAUUCAAAUUGUGACAAAAAUGAAUUAUGAAAGGCAAUACCAAAAGACGCCUUUUGAUAGCUGUCGAGAUCAUUAUGAAUAGCAUUAUUUUAGAAAUAUCCCCAGUGAAUUCUGGUCAACUUAAUCCGUCAGAUUUAAUCAAUUUCUUCAUUUUGCCCUGCGUCAAGAUAGACAUUUUUACUGUCAUCUAUCUGUUCUAAAGAUAUGAAUUAAUAUCAGUAUUCUCGACUUCUGUUUUUAUUUUAAAUCGCAAAACUGUGACAUGUAUUCCCCUUUGGUAUUCUGGGAAAACAGACAGAUCAUAUUCCACUUCAUCUAGAGGAGCAGGGCUUGGAAAAUCAGUUAAGCGGCGAGGUGAUCUCAUGUGACAUGACUGUGUUUUUGACUCCCACUACAUUCCGGUUGGACAUCCACAAACACGGAUGAUCGUAACCUUGACAAAAGUUACAACCGGUCCUGUAUCCGCCUGUCCUACCUGCGGCUGUAGCCUUCAGGGCCCCUUGUCUGCCUGAUAAGGGCUGAUUGGUGGCAGCUCAGUCUAACCUCUGACAUGAGUACACUCCAGGGACUGUGGGUAAUAGUGAUUUUUUUUUAUCCUGGAAAAAAGAAAAACACAGACGACAGGGAGAGAAAAGCGAGGCAGGAUCUUACACUCUAUCAGUUAAAUGAUGUUGAACCAUGUUAAGUUAGCCGUCCGUGAAAAGAGGGAGACCUUUGAGUAAUGUUAGACUUUAUACAUUUGCAGCUCUCUGCCCAUUUGUGUAAAAGAAAAAAGAAAAGGUAAUAUACAGUUUCCUGUCUUCUAUCAGCAUAAUUGUCUUUGAGCCUCAGUGGUGCUGCCGGUGCAAUCGUUUUUGGUAACGCUGUUAAGAAAAAAGACAACGUAAUGGUUCAUUUCCUGUGUGCUACUAUGAUGUGAAAUGGGCAAAGUAGAAAUGACAGAACAUGAUACAAUAGGAUGCCGUCAUUUUUUGUUCCUGUGUUGUCACUUUAGCUUGCUCACAGCCUCCGGAAAAUGUAUUCUUAGGUUUUUGUCCCCGAUGUGUUUUUAUCACCUCGCUGCCAUCUUGAAUGUUGAGUAUCUUUGAUCAUGUGCUGUUGUCACUUGCAUAGCAGUGUUUGCUAUCAAGGAAGAAAAAAGUAUUCUUUAUCUUUGCUAUCCUGAGUAUGUCCACAUUCCUAUUGUUCAUGACAUCUGUACAAUUUGUAUAUUAUAAAAUGAUUUAUAUUUAAUGUGUA